UGACAUUUGACAUCGAGGCUAGAUGGGGGCAAAGAUUUAAAAGUCUAUAGAAGUGGUAAAUGCGAAUGUGUUUGAUUAGUAAUUUGAUUUGGCAUUCCUUUAUUUCCUUUUGAACAAAACAAUAGCUCUCUUAUCUAAUAAUUCGAUUAUACUUGUUUCUUCUAAAGGUUGAACCGAAGUCUUGUAACCAGUAUGAGCGGUGAACCCCAAGCGAAACGUACGAAAAUGAGUGUCCUGGAACAAUUAAAGCAAUACUGCACGGUGGUGGCCGAUACCGGCGAUUUUGAAGCUAUGAAAGAGUACAAGCCCACAGAUGCUACCACCAACCCUAGCUUGAUCCUGUCUGCGGCUGCUAUGGAGCAGUACCAGCACAUACUUGAUAAAGCCAUCAAAUAUGCCAAGGAGGUUGGCAGUACGAUGGAGGAACAAGUUGCUGAAACCCUGGACAUGCUGAGUGUGUUGUUUGGCUGUGAAAUUCUCAAAAUCAUUCCUGGCAGAGUGUCCGUAGAAGUAGAUGCAAGAUUGUCGUUUGAUAAGGAUGCAAGUAUCUCAAAGGCUAUCAAACUGAUCAACAUGUUUGCUGAGUAUGGCAUCAAGAAGGAGAGGAUUCUCAUCAAGUUGGCUUCUACUUGGGAAGGCAUUCAGGCAGCCAGGGAAUUGGAAAAGAAACAUGGAAUUCACUGCAACCUGACAUUGCUGUUCUCCUUGUACCAAGCUAUUGCUUGUGCUGAGGCCAAUGUAACACUCAUCUCACCAUUUGUUGGAAGAAUCUUGGAUUGGUAUGUUGAGCAUACAAAGAAGACAUAUGAAGGCAAGGACGACCCUGGCGUGCUAUCGGUCACUCGCGUGUACAACUACUACAAGAAGUUCGGCUACAAGACCCAAGUGAUGGGCGCAUCUUUCCGUAACACUGGCGAGAUUCGCGAGCUGGCCGGUUGCGACCUCCUUACUAUAAGCCCUAAGUUGCUUCAGGAGUUGGCUGCCAGUGAACAACCUUUGAAGAGAGUGCUGGAUCCUAAAUUAGCUACACAGUGUGACAUGGAAAAGAUUUCUCUAAACGAGGCGCAGUUCCGUUGGCAUCUGAACGAAGAUCAGAUGGCCACUGACAAGUUAUCAGACGGUAUAAGAAAGUUCGCUGCCGACACCAGGAAACUGGAAUCCCUCAUCAAAGCCCUCCUCGCUAAGAAGUAGAUGACGUCAUCAUUUACUAAUAUUUUUUGGGGUUUAGAGGCACAAUAGGGAUGUUUCCAUUUUCCAGCCAGUAAAAUUAAUUUAUUUUUACAAAAUGUCAAAAUUAUUGUUUUCUAUUUUUGAAUGCGAUUGCAAAUUGUGACGUCAUACAUCAACUAACUUAAUUUAAAAUGAAGUAUAAAAUCAAAUCAAUCAAUGAUAGUGUGAAUGUAUUGAUAAAUCGAAAUAAUUUAUUUUUUCUAAGGAAACAUCCCAAUUAUUAGGUUUAAGCAAAAAAUAAUGUUAAGGAAAGAUCUACUUAAACUGUUUUUGAUAUAUUUUUACGUUUUUCUUUGAUCAUAUUUGAUAUACGUCUUGUUUUUUUUUACAAAGGUAUUAGAAUUUUUAUAUUCUGUUCUGAAAUGGGGACCACAAAUUGUUGAUACAUUCCUGUACAUAUUGGAGGGUUACAUAUUAUAAAUCAUUAAAUGAUUUACCUAUUAA